AUGGACUUCUCUAAAGAUUUGAAGCAAUUGCUUUCCAAGUCAUCCCGCUCUCGUUCCUUGUCAACCUUCGCAGUAGUCGCCGAAUCCCAAGACAAGCAGCCUCCCCUGAGUUUAAAGUUUGGAGAACCGGCCUACUCGUUAUACCCAAUGACUUCGAUCGAAAUAAGUAGAAAUCAAGGAACAAUCAAAGUUCCUCAAUUGUCCAAGGACAAGACUUCCAUUUCCAAGGAUAUGGGCUAUACAGCGUUCAAAGGAACGUCUGAAUUGUUGGAUAGAAUUACUAGUUUUGUCGCCCAUUGUUUUCCACCCAAAUAUAAGAAUUGGAGCCCAAUUGUCACGACUGAUCAUUGUAAUAGUAUUGCUAAAAUACUGGAGUCUUUUGUUGACGAAUCUGAUGUCAUCUUGGUUGACACUCAAUUGGAUUUGGAUGUUGCCCACCUACUAUCAGUUUGUAAGCCUAACAUUCAUUUUAUCAACUUGAACCAGAUUUACGGCUCGGAACCAAACGCUACUAAGCUAUCCAAGUUAUUGGAAAAUUGGAGAAGGUUCUACCCUUAUAAGAAUCACCCCAAACUCCUUCUUACGGCUACUUAUGGCCUAACAGGAAUACCACAAUCAGACACGACUAUGAAAGAAGUGCUUAAGUUUGCCGACAUUUACAAUUUUAUGGUUGUGGAAACGAGCACUUUCCCUGAAGGUGUAAGCUACUUGAAACAUGAUUCUAAAGGUAGAGUUAUCUCCGCUCAAAGCUUUCGGCACUUUAAUUUGGAUCUUGCAUUCAUUAUUGCUCACGAUACGAUUGUUACUGCAAUUGAAUCGUAUGCCGAGUUCACAACAACUUCGCCGUCUGGCAUGUCGCAAAUAAUAGCAAAUGGAGUACUAAGCUCGAUGAAUGACUGGAAAGGUUGGCAAGAAUCUCUACGAGAGAUAUCUCUAUACUACAAACAUAGACGGAAACAAGUACAGGAUACUUUGCAAGAUGUCGUUCACAUCAAGGGAUGUCUGGGAAACUACUGUGGUAUUAUUUGCAAAGACGAUGCUUCAAAGUUUGCAGAAAAUGGCAUGCAUUUGACUCAGGGACAAGAAUUGAAUGAAUAUUUUUCUUCCCUUUUUCAACAGAAGUACACAAUUGUACCUGAUGAUCUACUUCUUAUAUCACUUAGUUAUAAUAUUCCUGAGGAGGAGUUUUCGGAAGCUUUAAAAAAAAUGGAAGGAUACUAA